AUGGCGGACAUACUCAAGGAACAAUUGAAUGCUAUUAACCAGCGAAAUACGUCCACCAGCGUACCCAAAGAGAAGAACGAUGAAGAAAAAACCCAGAAGCUGUCAAAAGGCAUUGUACUGGAUAAGGAUGGCAAGCCCUGCCGAACCUGCACCUCCAUCGCAGACUGGCGGGCGUUGACGAAGAUGAAAGCCGGUGCUCCAUCCAAUACAUCAUCACCUUCCCCCAAUUCCUCCUCAAUAGCAAGUGCAGCAUCCGCAGCCCUCCCCAGUACAUCAAACACAGAUUCUACAUCCGAAAUACCCAGCGAUUGCCCGGCAGAUGUUGAGGCGUUAGGCCGAAGUACUUGGACCCUCUUACAUACCAUGGCCGCAACAUACCCUACCACUGCAUCACCCCAGCAGCAAAACGAAAUGGGCCAAUUUAUGACCUUAUUUUCAAAGUUAUACCCAUGCUGGGUAUGCGCCGAUGACCUGCGGACCUGGAUGAAUCAUCCAAGCGGUGCUAAUAAGCCUAAGCUCAGUGGACGUGCGGAUUUCGGUAACUGGAUGUGUCUUGCUCACAAUGAGGUAAAUCGGAAGUUAGGGAAGAAGGAGUUCGAUUGCUCCAAGUGGGAAGAGAGAUGGAGAACCGGGUGGAAGGAUGGGAGAUGCGAUUGA